AUGGCAAUCGACCAAGACGUCGAAGAAUUGUUGAUCAUGGGAGAUUCGGAUUUGAUUAUCCGACAAGCUCAAGAAGAAUGGGAAACUCGAGAUGUCAAACUCAUUCCCUACAGGCAACAUGUGGAAGAGCUUAGUAGUCGUUUCAAGUCAGUUGAGUUUAGGUACAUUCCUCGUUUUCACAAUGAGUUAGCCGAUGCGCUCGCUACUCUGGCCUCUAUGCUUCCAUACCCAGGCAAUGGCCACAUUGACCCGUUGGAAAUCCAAAUCCGAGAAAGGCACGGUUACUGCAAUGCGGCUAAAGCAGAACCGAGUGUCCAGCCAUGGUAUCAUGAUAUCAAGAGAUUUCUGAAAACAAAAGAAUAUCCUGAGCAAGCCAGUAGGGAUCAAAAGAGGACCAUUAGACGACUCACAAGUGGUUUCUUUUUGAGCGGUGAGGUUUUAUACAAAAGGACUCCAGAUCUCAACUUGAUAAGAUGUGUUGACGCUGAAGAGGCCGGAAGAAUUAUGUAUGAAGUGCACGCAGGAGUGUGCCGACCCCACAUGAAUAGGCGUAUUCUUCCUCAUCAUCAGGAAGCAAAAGGAAAGUUUGCUCCUAACUGGAAAGGCCCAUACAUUAUCAGAAAAUUGUUGCCAAGAGGGGCAUUAUAUCUGGGAGACAUUGAAGGAAACGACCCUGAAACAACUGUAAAUGCGGACGCAGUCAAAAGGUGCAAUCAAAAGCAACCUUGCAACAAGCAGGUGCAACAAAAAGAAACUGUGCAAGGGCUAGAAAUAGCUUUGCAGCAAUAA